AUGGGCGAAUGUAUGUACGCUCAAUCAUUGCGGUCCCCCUCACGUGCCCGUAGGCCGAGGGGCACCGCACCCAAGAUUGUUCGCUUCCUUCUCCAUUUCGAUCUCCGUGUCCGAUGGUCCUGGGUCCAGCAGAAGAGCGAACCUCUCAACAGACAUUUGUUUUCACGAGAACAUGAAUGUUUUAUUUUGCGUUGUUCAAUAAUGAAGAAGAAAGGAGGAAAACAGAGCAAAGAUGCGCUGCGUAGGCCGCGUUUUGUAGUGCGCCGCGAGAAUUUUUUGGCAGGGUCCGUGCCUCAGGCAGCCAAUCAACUCAACCCGACUGGACGACCCAAAUGGGCGGGCACGAGGAAGACUGGGAAUGAAAGGAAAGAAGGGUCCUUCCUUUGCGGUGCCCCCCUGCCUUCCAAGUGUUUGACACCCGCGGCCGGUCUUCGGCAAGCUGCGCUCCCCAGUGGGUCAGCUGCAACGACAUGCCGUCACUGGGUGCUAGUCAUUCCCAAUCUCCCGCCCGUGCUGCUAGCACCAAGAUAA